AUGGGUCAAUAUGAGGCACAGACAGGUGUCUUCAGGAUCAGACCGGACGGAACAUCAAGUUUUCCCGUCCGUUGUGACAUGGAGACAUCAGGGGGUGGAUGGACCGUCAUACAGCGUCGAAUAUCGGGCUCAAAUUUCUUCAAAGAUUGGAAGACCUAUCAGAAAGGUUUUGGGAGCCUUGAUACCAACUUCUGGCUUGGCCUUGAGCAGAUUCAUUACAUAUCUCGACAAGAUCGAUACGAACUGCGAGUCGACAUGACGAAGUACGACGGUACAACUAAAUAUGCCUACUAUAAGGUGUUCAAGAUGGGGGAUUUGAAGUCUGGUUAUGAGCUAACCGUUGAUGGGUAUGCGGGAACAGCCGGAGACAACUUGUCACAUCACAAUGGUCAACAAUUCUCCACCUACGACAAUGACAACGAUAGCUAUGAUGGAAACUGUGCGGAAAUAUUCUUAGGUGCCUGGUGGUACAAGCACUGUCACCAAUCGAACCUCAACGGAGACUACGGAAACGAUGCAUAUGGACAGGGCCUGAACUGGUGGAAUUUCACCACCUACUACGAAUCCCUGAUGUCAGUCGAGAUGAAGAUUAGAAAAGUAUCAAUGUAAACUGACGUUUAAUUAUGAAAUUGAAAGUAUAUGUUGUGUGGUCUGAACGAGAGUAUGAUUGUUAGUCUGCAAUUGUCUUUGGAUAAUAUUUAUGUAAUUUUAUAGCAUAUAUUGCUUUUAUUGUGAACAAUAAUAUAGCAUAACCUUAAACCAAUGUGCAUUUUUUAAAAAUGGAAUCGUUUUUUAAUAAUGUUUUUAAUAGAAUGCCUUUACAAGUACUUUACAUAUAUAAUAUAUGCAUAUGACCAUUGUGCUUCAACAUGCUCAACUCCUGUGUUU